CAUAGGUGAGAGUAUCUUGCUGGAGGUCUCUGCCUAUCUGGAGGUCUUAAGGCCUUUUGAAUGUAAACAGUGUUUUCUCUUAUUUCUGCACUCGUAGUUGUAUCUGAGUUUAUCAUUUGCUGUGGCCUGAGUCUUUGCUGCUUGCUUUCUUGUGCUUUCCAUAGUGUUGCAGUUAGUAUGCAAGAAAAAUGAUCAGGCUGGGAAUGGAGUGCAUAAACUGGAUAUCAGCUGUAGGACAUCUUAUCAAAACAAAGCAUCUGUAGGAUUGUAGUUGAAUGAAUGAAUUCUAAGUGCAGGAACUGCUAGGCUGGCAACAAGUGCUACAAGAUGCCAAGUGAGGUGCUUGAGAGCAGUAGUGGGCUGGAAGACACAGUGCCAAAAGAGAGGAAAUCUGGAAGUCACAGCCCUUGCCAUGGAUCUGUGAGGAGGGCAGUGACAACCACGGUCACCUUUGAUGGAGAAGCCACUAUGGACCGGAGGAAAAAGAAGAAGAAAGAGUCCCGUCCUGAGUCAGUAAUAGUGUAUAGGUCAGAGAAUGAGAAUAAAGUGGAAGAGGAGCAAGCAGAUGAAGAAGGAGGGGAAAGGAGUUCUGAGGAAGGCUCCAAGUUCCUGGGUCAGUCCGUGACUGAUGGUGUCUGGAACAUGCCUUCAGACAGCCGAUACGUCACCUUGACUGGAACAAUCACCAGAGGAAAGAAGAAGGGCCAGAUGGUGGACAUCCAUGUCACGCUAACAGACAAAGAGCUGCAGGAACUGGCUAAGUCAAAGGAACCUCCUAAAGAAAAUGUACCUGAGAAGAAAAAAUGUGAUGUUGGGUUGGACAGAGGACCCCACAUUGUCCUCUGGACCAUCAUCUGCCUCCCCAUCGUUUUUGUAGUAUCCUUUGUGGUUUCAUUCUACUAUGGAACCAUUACAUGGUACAAUGUCUUCUUGGUGUACAAUGAAGAGAGGACCUUCUGGCACAAAAUCACCUUUUGCCCCUUUUUGAUCAUCUUCUACCCAAUUAUAAUCAUGGUUGUGUCUUUUUCCCUAGGUCUGUACUCAGCUGUGACCCAGGUAUCAUGGUCCUUUGGGGACUGGUGGCAUGCUGUCAGGGACAUGGAGAAGGGCUUCUGUGGCUGGCUCUGCAGCAAGUUAGGUUUGGAAGAUUGCUCUCCAUACAGCAUUGUUGAGCUGCUAGAUUCUGACAAUAUCUCAGGUAGUCUCUCUGGCAAGAGCUCUGCACAGGGGGUUGAUACUUCAGCAGUCUGAGCUUCCGUUCUGGUUGACUAUUUUUGUCAUAUGCGAGUGGUUUUCAUCUUGAAAAUGACACUGAUUUUUAUAAAUAUAUAUAUAUUUAAAAACAAACUUAAA